CACAUUUCACUACUCCCUAGCCUAAGCCCUGCUCCUCGCCAUUUCUCACAGUCUUUAGUUUUCAGUCGUACAAUGAUUAUGUCAAUGGCCACUCUGUGCUUGGUUCGCUUGCACUGCUGUUCCACUUUCAGACGAGGAGCUGGUUUCGGCGGUACGCGGUGUAGUGGAAACAUGAUGGAAGUUUGGGCUUCUCAGUGUGCAUUGUUUUGUAGAUGUACCGUUUUCACUGUGUCCUUGCGAAAUUAUUCGUCCUGUUCGUUCCCGGACCAGCGCAAGGAAGUUAGUUAGCGAACUCGACACUGUCAUGUCUUCAACUCUAGGCUAAGAUAAUCUUCAAGCCAAGGCUUUGUGGGAAGUGGUCUACGAAUAUAAAUAAUACAAGGCGGAAAAAUGGAGCAGACUGCAUUCGACGCUACGACUACCUACUGUCCUUCAAGGGACGUCGCCAGUGAACAAUAACGAUGCUCGCUAGUUGUCGGGCAGGGGAUGUUCAGGUCCAGUUGCUGGGUGUGUGCGCUUGUAUGGAAGCCUGCCAAGUGCGCUUAUGAAGAAUGUGCGCGACUGAAAGAUGGUAGGCCGAGGAAUAAUGUCAGCGAUGACGUUCCUGCUUUUCCUCAUCACUGUCAUCACUCUACUCCACCUUCCCGGCAUGACCUGGGCGCAGCAAAACUCACAGCAAACCACUUCUACGGCGCCGAGCACUAAUGAUGAUCCCCCGUUCACAGCUACUGCUGCAGCAAAUUCAUCUAGGUCAAUUAUCAUCAAAAUAACCAUUCCAAAGGACUCGCAAUACGCGGCAAGUGCUAAAUUUGACAUACGUUUCUGGGUAAGGAACUGUCAUGCUCUAAGCUGUCCGUGCAACGGCUACAUUUGCCACUUCGCUGGCGGGUCGGACUAUACCACAGUUGGACAUGGCGUGAGGUCAAUAAAAAUUGAUCAUCUGAGGAAGUACACCUCCUAUAGUUUAACCGUCCAACACCGCUUUAAACCCUCGAAACGCUUCGAACUGGAUGUCACUACUCUGCCAGACA